AUGGCAAUAAAGUCUAACUGUAACAUUAAAUUAGAAUAUGAUAUGGUUCAGACAAAGCAAGAUUGCUUAUGUGUUUUGGUUUCUUUCAACCAAAGUUCUUACUGGAAGAAGAAGCUUCCACUAUCUUAUGGAAGAAAUGAUCAAGUAGUAAAAGGAAUUUCUGUCAUGAAAUUGAUGAAAAACGAUCCUUUUUCUUCCAUUUCAAAUCAAAAGAAAUAUCAUGAAACUUUGAUUAUUGUAAUUUCGGUUCUUUUAGGAAGCUCUAUGCUUGUCAUUGUGACAUUACUUGGAGCAAUGUUUUUUGGGUUUCCUUACAACCGCAAGAAGAUAAAAAGUUGUAGAACCAACAAAAAUGUUGUUGACAAUAACUUGCGCAAUUUUAGCUUCAAGGAAAUCGUUGAAGCAACGAGUAACUUCAGAGAGGAACUUGGAAGAGGGUCUUGUAGCGUUGUGUACAAAGGAACAAUAGAGAUGAUGGUUGAUGUAUCCGUUAAGAAACUUGAUAAGUUGCUUCAAGAUAGUGAUAAGGAAUUUCAGACCGAAAUGAGUGUGAUAGGACAAACUCAUCACAGAAACCUUGUUCGUCUUCUUGGAUAUUGCAAUGAGGGACAACAUCGGAUUUUGGUUUACGAGUUAAUGAGCAACAGAACUUUAGCAAGCUUCCUUUUCACCUCUUUAAAACCAAAUUGGAACCAACGAUUCCAAAUUGUUCUUGGAAUUGUUAGAGGUCUUGUAUACUUGCAUGAAGGAUGUUGCACCCAAAUCAUCCAUUGUGAUAUUAAACCCCAAAAUAUACUUCUAGAUGAUCACUACAAUGCUAGGAUUUCAGAUUUUGGGUUAGCAAAGCUAUUGCUGAUUAAUCAGAGCCACACCGAAACUGGAAUUAGAGGAACCAAAGGGUAUGUUGCGCCAGAUUGGUUUAGGAGUGCACCAAUCACUGCAAAAGUUGAUACUUAUAGUUUUGGUGUAUUGUUGUUAGAGAUCAUUUGUUGUAGGAAAAAUACUAAAAGACUUGACAAUCUCUUAGAAAAUGAUAAUGAGGUCGGAAAUGACAUGAUGAGUUUGGAAAAGUUAGUCAUGAUUGUUAUUUGGUGUAUUCAAGAAGAUCCUUCUCUUAGGCCAACAAUGAAGGAGGUUUUACUGAUGUUAGAAGGAAUAGUCGAAGUUGUUGUUCCCCGAAGUCCCUAUCUUUAUGGUUCUGUAAGUUGUAAUUAA